GCGGCGGGAGUAAACACGCGGGUCGAUGGCGGCGGCGAGUAUGUGGACGGCAGAGUAGGGAAAAGUCUCGGCGAAAAAGUGCAAAAAAACUCCGCCUUUCCGCCCCUCCACCAUGGUGUGAGCAGGCCGGGCGGACUCCCCUGGUUCUCUGCUCCCCCCAGCCCCGCGCAAAGCCCCGCCAGACAGCCGCACACACACAAAAACGGGCCAGAUGUAUAAGCAACUCCAAAUGGGCCUGCGUGCUUUUCUUCUGUUAGCUCAGAAGAUAUGGAGUUUUGUGUGUUACGUCCUGCGGAAACAAGCCAGAACGGUCUUGCAGUACCAGCCGGUGAAGUAUGAGGUGCUGCCCCUCUCCCCACUCUCCAGACACCGCCUUAGCCUGGUGAAGCGCAAGGUCCUAGUGCUUGACCUUGACGAGACCCUGAUACACUCGCACCAUGACGGGGUGAUCAGGCAAAUGGUGAAGCCAGGGACGCCGCCAGACUUCGUGCUCAAGGUCACCAUCGACAGGCAUCCCGUCAGGUUCUUCGUACACAAGCGGCCGCACGUUGACUUCUUCCUUGACAUCGUGUCGCAGUGGUACGACCUGGUGGUGUUUACAGCCAGCAUGGAGAUCUAUGGCGCAGCGGUGGCUGACAAGCUGGACGGUGGGCGCGGGAUCCUUCGGCGGAGGUACUACCGCCAGCACUGCACGCUGGACUACGGCAGCUACACCAAGGACCUGGCUGCCAUCUGCCCCGACCUGGCGUCCAUCUUCAUCCUUGAUAAUUCCCCCGGGGCCUACCGACAGUAUCCUGACAACGCGGUGCCCAUCAAGUCCUGGUUCAGCGACCCCUUGGACACCUCCCUGCUGUCCCUGCUGCCUGUGCUGGACGCCCUCAGGUUCACCGCCGACGUGCGCUCCGUCCUCUCUAGGAACCUCCACCUCCACCGCCUAUGGUAGCCUACACUGCCCUGCCCAUGGGUAGCAAGAAGCAGCCACCUGUAAUGGUCUCAUAGGGGGGAAGGGCUACCUCCCACCCCCCAACACUGCCCCUACACCCCCCACCCCCCACCUCACUCAUAUGUUCCCCCUCCCUCACACACCCCAACACUGACACAGCCCCCACCCCCCUCACCUCACAUACAUACUCAUCCCCCCUCCCCCCAACCCCUCAACUUACUCAUUCACUCACUCACUGCCCCACCCCCUUCCCCUUUGUAACAUAGCCCCCCCCCACACUCCCAUCUGCCCCCCUCCCCCUCCUUCCCCCACGGUGGCAGAUGAUGAUUUGUGUACAUAAGAUUUUAGACAUAGGCAUUUUAUGAUGUGUGCGUGUGUACGUAUGUCUGUGCUACGCGUCAGCUGAUAUUGAUGAUGAUGAUGAUGAUAUUUUUGCAUUGAUAGAUGAUUGAUGAUAUAUGACGAUGAUGAUGGCAGUGAUUGUGUUGUUGUUGAUGAUGGUGGUGGUAGUAGCAUUUAUGUGUGUGUGUGUGUGUGUGUGUGUGUGUGUGUGUGUGUGUGUGUGUGUAGCUAACCAGUACCUACAUAUCCCCCCUUCUCUCCUUCCUCCUCCUCCUCUGCUCUCUCUACCACCUCCCUUCUUUCCUUCCUCUCACCUCCUCCUCCUCCUCCUAAUGAUACUAAACCAGAGUGUACUUAAGUCUCUCUCUCUCUCUCUCUCUCUCUCUGUAUAUAUAUAAUUUUUUGCUUUUUUUGGAAUGAAUUAAUAACAAAGUAAUUAGCAAGAGAAAUUAUUAUUAUUAUUAUUAUUAUUAUUAUUAUUAUUAUUUUCAUUAUCAUUAUUAUUAUUGCUAUUAAUAAUAAUUUAAGGUUGUAAAGCUUCUUCCCUACAUAGGUUGUGUGUGUGUGUGUGUUUGUGUGUGUGUGUGUGUGUCUAAGUUGAUGUGAUGCUUUUUUUUUUCUUAGUCUAAUAUCAUCAUUGAUUUUAUUUAUUUUAUUUUUUUUCUAAUUCUCUCUCUCUCUCUCUCUCUCUCUCUCUCUCUCUCUCUCUUUGAUCACUUCCUUUUCCUUUGCUUUCCUUCCUUUCUCCUAUCCUUCCCCCCCCUCCCCCAAUUUUCUCUCCAUCCUUCCUUCCUCAAUUCCUUCCCUCUGUCCGCUCCUUCCUCCCUUCUUUACAUUCCUUUCCUUGUUUAAUCCCUUCCCUUCUUUCCCUAUUUUUUCCCUCCUUAUUUCUUUUCUUCUCUUCUUCCUUUAACUGACAAACUUGAAUCCUGUUGUUGCUGCUCUCAUAAUAAAAUUCAGUUAUCAUUAUAUUAUUAUUAUUAUUACUAUUAUCAUUAUUAUUAUUAUUAUUAUUAUUGUGGUGGUGGUGGUUGCUUGCUUUCGAGAGGGGGCGGGGUGUUGGAGGGUCGGGGGAUAGAGGGUUGAGAGCUCAUUGUACAAAAUAUACUAAAGAAAAAGAGGGAAAAUGAUGCGGAGAUGAUUGGAAGAAGAAAGGAAAGAAAAGAAGAGUAUUAUUACAGUCAUCCCUCAAAUAGUACGGUUUCCAAUAGUUCAGUUUUAUGUGGAUUUUCAUAGAAGAUUUUUUUUAGGGUUUUUGAAUUUCCCAAUGAGCCGGAAAUUUAAAAAUCCUAAUAAAAUAUUCUAUGACAAUCCGUAUAAAACCGAACCGAACUAUUGGAAACCGUACUAUUUGAGGGACGGCUGUAUUAGUUUUGUUUGUUUUAUUAUUUUUUCUGCAAGUUAAAAUCCAGACAAUUGUUUUCUCGUAUUUUUCAUGAAUUUGUUGCAUAUAUUAAUGUCUUGUAUGCAUAUUGAAAUCAAGCCUUUAGUCAUUUAUCUCUUAGCAUCAUCAUUAUUGCCAUUACUAAUACUGUGGUUAUUAGCAUCUUCUCCGAGGUUUGUGUUUAGCCUAGCCUAGAGUAGCAACGCAUCGCUUGAUUUUUUGCCUUUUUCUCCCCUCUACAUUGUGUUUGAAAACAGACGUUGUCCAAAGGAAUGUUCUCAGUACAAAAACCUAAACAACUAUACCAACAUUCACACAUGCAUAUACAUAUUAUUCAUACACACACACACACACACACACAGUUAUAUACAUACAUACAUACUUACAGAACCAAACACAUGCAUUUAUAACACAUUCACGGAUAUAUACCAACACAACAUACAUACAUUUUCACAGACCACACACACACACACACACACCCACACACACACACACACACAACA